AUGUCAUUGCGGGAAAGGGCUGCAGCUCUCAGGAGAACGAUUGAUCGUCUCCUCGCAACAGGGGGCGACAUAGCAGUCCCCAUUCUCACGGCCGUCAACGCGGCCGCUGAUGUGUGUCCUCCUCUAAAGAGCGCGACUAGUGGUGCGCUCUUCAUCUUCGGUGAAGUCAAGAAGUUUAAGGAGAAUAAAAGGGAAUGGGCCGACUUUGGUAAAUAUGUGGUCGACACAGUGGCUGAGGUAGUUGCAGCCAUAAAGUCCUUUGAUGAGUCAGCGGAAGAGGCAAAGUCAUGGGUGGAGAGUGCUACAAAGCUCGAUGGCACGCUGCAGGAGAUCAAGUCCAAAAUCGACCAAAAACUCGCAAAAGUAGAGAAACGAUUGGCUUUCAGAAACACAUUUUCCCACUUCAGAGACUCCGGAAGGAUCGAUGGCCUAAAGAAAGAUCUUGACAAAGCAUUGGCAGCGUUUCAGCUUAGGACGAACUUAAGAAUUAGUCUCAGAUUAUCCACCAUAGAAGAUGGUCGAGAUACUCUGCAGGGCGACUCGAUUCUUGGUAGACUCCGAUACCCUGAUGUCGCUCACUAUGACUCAACCCAGGCAUGCUUAAAAGGUACUAGGGUUGAUCUCACGGAACAUAUUAUGGCUUGGUGUUGUAGCACUGGAGACAGCCAGAACCGGUUGAUGCUGAUGACCGCUGUGGCCGGCGCCGGAAAAACUUCAAUUGCGCACACGAUUGCAGAGAAUUGUAAAAGGGAGGCUACCCUGUUACUAGCCUUUUUCUUCAAGGCAGGCGAACAAUCGCGGCCCGAUUGUUUAUUCAGUGGCAUUGCUCAAGCUCUGGCCAACCGUGACCCGGAUCAUCGCAACUUCAUUGUCUCUGCCCUUCGAAAAGACCCUACUCUCUCAACAGCCCCAUUCACGAUGCAGUUCAAGGAAUUAGUGGCUUCGCCUCUCCUCCAUAAACCCCCGCCUUCCUACCCUCCAAUGGUGGUCAUCAUUGACGCUUUAGACGAGUGUGACAAAGAAGCAUUUGAGCCUCUUGCUAACAUCUUGCGCGAGGAAGUGCCGAGAUUACCGUCCUCCAUAAAAUUCUUUGUUACAUCAAGACAAUUUGAUCUUGUUAAUCGCUUCCUCUCGGCUCAUUGUCCUAUUGAUCGCCUUACCAUCAAUCUCUCGGAUGAGACAAACGUGCAGGACUGCGCUACGUACAUACGUUCCCAGCUGCAGAUGCUGAAGAAUUUUCAUCCCGAUGUACGGCAUAAACUUCAAGACGAGGGGAAAAUAGUACAGAAGAUCUUGGAGCGAGCGGGUGGCUUGUUUGUUUGGAUCAGCACCAUCUUUAGCUACAUGAAGAUGGCUAACAAGGACCCUAUGAAGAUAUUAGAGACACUGCUUGACACAGGCACCAAACGGCCAGCCAUUUCUGCUGAAGGAAUGAUGGAUCGCUUGUAUACAAGCAUUCUGAAAAAGUGUGAUUGGGAGGAUGAAGAUUUUGCGCAUGACUAUCCACUUGUCAUGGGAGCAAUCUUCGUGGCGCAACAACCUCUGUCUGUCUCAGCUUGGGAUACGAUUUUGUCGCCUUUCCUCAAGUCUUCCAUUCAAUACACGUUAGCCGAACUUGCACCACUCCUCUCAGGAGUUGAGGAUUGUCGCGUUCCGAUUCGCAUCUUGCACCAAUCCUUCCGGGACUUUAUCGUGGAUCGGAUCGAUCCCCAAUCAAUUAGCCUUCGUUGCGGCCCAGUAGACACGACGAUGGAGAAUGCCAAGGUUGCCCUGCGAUGCGCCGAGAUCUUGAACCAGGAUCUUUGCUCUGUAGAGAAUCUAGGACUCAUUAAAAACUUGUCCGAACAAGAUGAACUGCCACGUAUUCCUCCAGCGAAUUUAUCUGAGCACUUUCAUUACGCAUGUCGUCACCUUAGUUAUCACCUCAGUGAAGUCCAGGAACCGCCGCAGGCGCUGCAGGGCUCAAUCUGUGUGUUUUUCAGUCAGCAUGCAACUCGUUGGGUAGAAGUUUGUGUGAGAAUGGAAGGCUACAUUAGUAUCUCAGUUCUCCUGGAGUGGCAUAAGUGGGUUGUUGACCAAAGGUCAAAAGGUGCUAUCAAUGCGCUGGCCAAUGUGCUUACUCAGCUCCAACCGAAUUUGGAAUUUUCUUCAAGGUUCCAAGAGGCAUAUGAGGCAGCAAACGAUUCCGUAGCACUCUGCCGUCACCUUGUUGCCGUGGAUUCAGGAUCUUACAUGCCGGAUUUGGCCAAUUCACUCAAUAAUAUAUGUAACGCUCUUUGCAAACUCGGACGUCACCCCGAGGCACUCCCAUUCAUCGAAGAAGGCGUCAAACUCUACCGCCAGUUAGUUGCCGUCCACUCAGGAUGGUAUACUCCAGAUUUGGCCAGAUCACUCAACAGCCUAUAUUUAGUUCUUUCCGAUCUCGGACGGCACUCCGAAGCGCUUCCAUUCAUCGAAGAAAGCGUCAAAAUCUUGCGUCGGCUAGUUGCCAUUCAUCCUGGAUCAUACAAUCCCAAUUUGGCUUUGUCACUCAACAAUCUAUGUAGGGCUCUUUCCAGUCUCAAACGACACAAGGAGGCGCUCUCAUUCAUUGAGGAAAGCAUCAAACUCCAGCGACAGCUCGUUGCCGCCCACCCGGAAUCACACACCCCAGAUUUGGCUAUGUCACUGAAUAAUCUGCUUGGCGCUCUUUCCAGCCUCGGACGACACUCGGAGGCGCUCCCAUUCAUCGAAGAAAGCGUCAGACUCUACCCACUUUCCAAUCUCGGGCGCCACUCUGAGGCGCUCCCAUUCAUUGAAGAAUGCGUCAAGAUCCGACGCCAGCUAGUAGCCGUUCUUCCAGGAUCAUACACACCAAAGUUGGCCUUGUCCCUCAGCAAUCUAUAUAGUGCGCUUUCCAAACUCGGGCGGCACUCUGAGGCGCUCCUAUCCAUCGAAGAAAGUGUUAAAAUCCUGCGCCAGCUAAUUGCUGUCCAUCCAGGAUCGUACAAUGCAAAUUUGGCCUUGUCACUCAACAAUCUAUGCAGGGCUCUUUCCAGACUCGGACGGCACUCGGAGGCGCUCCCAUUCAUCGAAGAAAGUGUCGAACUCUACCGCCAGCUAGUUGCGGUUCACCCAAGAUCAUAUACACCUGAUUUGGCCAUGUCACUCAACAAUUUGUAUUUAGCACUUUCUAAUCUCGGACGGCACUGUGAGGCGCUCCCAUUCAUCGAAGAAAGCGUCGAAAUCCGGCGCGAACUAGUCGUCAUUCACCCAGCGUCAUACAGACCAAAAUUGGCUCUAUCCCUGAGCAAUCUAUACAGCGCUCUUUCUGAACUGGGGCGGCACCAUGAGGCGCUCCCAUUCAUUGAAGAAAGCGUCAAAAUUCGGCGCCAGCUUGCCGCCGUUCAUCCAGGAUCAUACACCCCAGAUGUGGCCAGAUCGCUCAACAUUUUGUAUUUAGCUCAUUACGCUCUCCAACAGCACUCCGAGGCGCUCCCAUUCAUCAAAGAGGGCGUCACACUUUACCGGCAGCUGGCAGCCGCUCACCCAGGAUCAUACGCCUCGGACUUGGCCAGAUCACUCAACAUUCUAUAUCUAGCUCAUUCCGAUCUCAGACGGUACUCCGAGGCGCUCCCAUUCAUCGAGGAAAGCGUCAAACUAUACCGCAAACUACUUUCUGUUCACCCAGGGUCAUACGCCCCAUAUCUGGCUUUGUCACUCAACAAUCUACGUGAUGCUCUUUCCAAUCUUGGACAACACUCAGAGGCGCUCCCAUUUAUCGAGGAAAGCGUCAAGCUCUACCGCCAGCUGGUUGUCGUUCACCCAGAAUCGUACACCCCAGGUUUGGCUUUGUCACUCAACAAUCUAUACGACGCUCUUUCCAAACUUGGACGGCACUCCGAGGCUCUCCCAUUCAUUGAGGAGAGCCUCAAAAUCCGACAGCAGCUAGUUGCCAUUCACCCAAGAUCAUACACUUCACAUUUGGCUUUGUCGCUCAACAAUUUAUAUUAUGCUCUUUCCAAUCUCGAACGGCACUCCGAGGCGCUUCCAUUCAUCGAGGAAAGUGUUAAACUUUACCGCCAACUAGUUGCCGUUCACCCAGGAUCGCACACCCCAGAUCUAGCCACAUCACUCAAUAAUCUGCACUUCGCUCUCUCUGAACUUGGGCGGCACUCCGAAGCGCUCCAGUUCAUAGAAGAGAGCGUCCAACUCUACCACCAGCUAGCCGCGGUUCAUCCCGCAUUAUACACCCCGGAUUUGACCGAUUCACUCGAAACCCUACGUGACGCUCUCUCCAAUAUCGGUCAUCAUCCUGAGGUGCAAAUGAUCCGUAUUUAA